CUGGUUAGAAAAUUGAUCCGUUAUAGCGAAUAUCGAGCUUUUACUAGUAAACUCCGGUAUAUCGAACCUAUUUUAAUAUACGUGAUUUGGUUCCAGCAAAAAAGUCCGGUUUAGGCGCAAAUCCGGUUUAUCGAAGAUCGAAUUUCACUGUGUACCCUGGGAGUUGCGCUCUGAAUCCUUAAAAAGAACUCUAAAUUUUUCAAACUGAAUUUUUUCAACCUUCCAAUUGUAAUUUACCCGUAGUUAUGGAAUUGAACACUAAAUAUCCAGUUGUUCUCUUAAUGGGAAAAACAGGUGCGGGAAAAAGCACUCUUGGAAAUUUACUUCUUGGUGCACCACAUAAAAAAGGACCUUUUGCUACCGGCUCACGAAUGGACUCUAUCACACAAGAGUGUAAAGCAGAAACUAUGUUAAUUGACGACGUACCAUAUAACAUUGUCGACACGCCUGGAAUUCUUGACCCUAACCGAGGUACUAUUCCUAUACUUAAUGAAAUUUCCAAGACUAUCAAUAAAUGUGCUCAUGGGGUUAAGGCUAUCCUUAUUGUUUCUGAAGUCGGAAGGUUUACUGACGAGCAAAAAGAUGCUCUAAACCGAAUAAGAAAUUUCCUAGGAAAAGACGCAACAAAUAAUAUUAUAUCAGUUCUUUCCCGCGCAGACAAAGAUCAGACUGAAGAUAGAAGUAUAAUGCAAAGCGAUUGGAAUCAAUCUUUUCGUUCUUUUAUCCAAGGCAUUGGAAACCGUUGGGGCAUCUCUCCCAAUCCUGAAAUUUUUCCGGCUGGUGAAGAGACUCAUAAAGUACGGUUAGGGGAAAUCAAGAAUUUAAUCAGCAGUAUACAAGGAGUUUACACCACUGAGCAACAUGAGAAGUGCCAACGAGAACAAGCGGAAGCGAGGCGACGAAAAGAAGAGGAUGAAAAAAGAGCAAAGCGGGAACACGAUGAGAAAUUAAAAGAAGAUGCAAGAAGAGAAGCCGAAAGAGCCCAUCAACGUGAGUUUAACCAAAUGCGACAAGAAUAUGAAAAACAGCAUAGGCAAAUAUUGGAGAAAAUGAUUGAGUCGUUGCGUCGAGAAAAAGAAAACGAGCGUCAAGAAAGAGAAAAAGAGCGGCAAGAAGCAAGAGAACAUCAAGAAAGAAGACGUCAAGAAGAAAGAGAACGUCAAGAAAGGGAACGUCAAGAAAGAAGACAACAAGAACUUAAAGACGGUAUAAUGUUUGCAGCGUCUGAAGCGCUUAAAAUGGCUUUUUACGCCUUCAUAUAAGAAAAAAAGUAAAUCCAUUUGACACGAAAUCAACUCGAUAAUUUCCAAAUCAUAUAUUUCUAGUGAAAAUCUAAAGUUUAAGAAAAAGAAGGAACGUUUAUAAUAAAAAAAGUUUACGCGUUAUAAUAAAUAUUUAAAGUUUAAAAAAUUAAAAGUAUUGAAGAUUUUUUAAUAUAAAUAUUCCGUGGGAAAAGUUGUG